AUGUCUUCUUUGCAUCCGCAUGACCACUUCUAUUACAACGGGAACAGUGGUCACAGCAGUCACUCCGCAUCGCCCGAGGCCGAGAAGAUGCUCAAAAACCCUAACGGGGCGCCCGGCCCCGAGGCCGACGCCAUCCCCGACGGAUUGGAGGUGAACACGGGCCUCAACUACAGCACGGCGCCGCAGCCGUACCAACCCGCGCCGACGCCGCAACCUUACUACGACCAACAUCACCAUGUGCAUUCGCCCCGGACCGAGUACACCGAAGCAACGUACACCAGCAAUCACUACCCGUCAACGCCAGAGAAGAGGCACGCCGCGGCCGGUACGGUAUGCGGCCUGCGCAAGCCGACGUUCUGGCUCCUGGUCCUGUCCAGCCUGCUCUUUUGCGCGCUCAUCGGGGUGGCUGGGGGGCUGGGGGCAAUGCUCGCGAGCAAGGAGAGCGAGAUCGCAAGACUGCAAUCGCCUGCCGUCUCUUCGUCUUCGACAAGCGCAACCCCGACCGCCUCAGCGUCGGUCGCCUUCGAUCUCAGCAAGCCCGCCGAGACGGAUACGCCCAUCUCGCUCAACAAGUGCCCGGGCAGCAACUCGGAGCUGACGUACGAGGUGCCAGGCACGAACCUCACAUUCAGCAAGGACUGUGGCACGGACUACCUGUACAAUGACAUUGCCCAGGUGCCCGCCAAGAACUUUGAGGAGUGCCUGCGGUACUGCGCGGCGUUCAACCUGCAGCAGCAGUCACGAAAGGGGCCGUGCAAGGGCGUCGUCUAUAUCUUCAAGGGCGAGCAGGGCGAGGACAGCAACUGGUGCUGGAUGAAGUAUACCAAGAAUAAUGUGGACAACGGCGCAAAGGAUUACACCGAAUCAGCUUGGAUCGUGUGA